GCGUACGCACGGCGGCGCAAGAAACGCGUGCGUGCGCGCGAGGGCUCGCGUUUCUAGGGAUGCUCGUGCGCGCCUGGAAUUCUAGCACGCGCGAGGCAGGCGAUCGAUCGAUCGAGGUACUCUAGGGUUUAGUGCCUUCAUGCGGUUGUGAAGAAUCCGGGGGUGAAAUUUCUCGUCCAUGGCACGAGAUCCGGAGGAGGGAGCCACUGCCGCGGCCAAUCCAUCCAUCGCCGCGUCCUCGCGAUCACGCUCCGUGACCGAGACUGUGAAUGGCUCGCAUCACUUCACCAUCAAUGGCUACUCCCUUGCCAAGGGGAUGGGCGUCGGCAAGUACAUCUCUAGCAACACCUUCUCGGUGGGGAAUUACCAGUGGGCGGUCUACUUCUAUCCAGACGGCAAGAACACGGAGGAUAGCUCCCUCUACGUCUCGGUGUUUAUAGCUCUCGCGAGCGAAGGCACGGACGUGAGAGCGCUGUUUGAGCUGACGCUCUUGGAUCAGAGUGGCAAAGACAAGCACAAGGUUCACAGCCACUUUGAUCGAUCGCUUGAGAGUGGUCCUUACACUCUCAAGUAUCGAGGGAGUAUGUGGGGCUAUAAACGUUUCUUUCGCCGCGCGGUGCUAGAGACCUCGGAUUAUCUGAAAGAUGAUAGCCUUUCCAUCACCUGCACUGUUGGCGUGGUUGUCUCGUCAAUGCAGGCUUUGCGUCAGCAAAGUCUGCCAGUGCCAGAGUCGGACAUUGGCCGCCACUUUGGAGCACUUUUGGAGUCUGGAGAGGGAUCGGACAUUACUUUUGAGGUGGACGGAGAGGUGUUCCACGCGCACAAGAUGGUCCUGGCGGCUCGAUCUCCCGUUUUUCGAGCGCAACUCAACGGGCCUCUCAGUGACUCCAACGUUAAGUUGUUACAACUGGAAGAUAUCAAGGCUCCGGUUUUCGAGGCAAUGCUUUACUUUAUAUACAGGGAUGCGCUUCCAGAUGCGAGUGAGGUGCUGUCCUCGAGCUCUUACUCGUCAACAUCUUUGGCCUCCACGAUGAUGGCUCAACAUUUGCUCGCCGCGGCUGAUCGCUAUGGACUGGACCGGCUGAGGAUAGUUUGCGAGGCAAAGCUCUGCGAGGACGUGAGCAUAGACACAGUGGCGACGACACUAGCUCUAGCGGAGCAGCACCAUGCGACGCAACUCAAGAGAGUUUGCCUCAAGUUUGCCGCUUCCAACUUGGCAGCCGUGAUCCAAAGCGAUGGCUUCGACUACUUGAAGGAGAGCUGCCCGUCAUUGCAAUCGGAAUUGCUAAGAACGGUGGCUGGAGUGGAAGGAGGCGACGACGACGAACUAAGGCCCGGAUCUAAACGAAGGUCCGUAUGGACACACUUGGCGGAUGGAACCGACGGUACUGGAAGGAGAGUGAGAGUAAAGCAGCCAUAGCAAAAACAACGCAACGAACACACACACAUUUGUAAACGCCCAAAGGCGAUAUGUUGUAGUAUUCAUCAUCGUGUAUGUACACUUGCAAAAGAAUUAAAACAAAGAAUGCGAUCGAUUUUAUC